CAUCCUAUUGCCAUCUCAUCCUCUCCAAUCUUUCGUCAUGGAUCCUUUUCAACCGGACGAGGAUGACUAUCAGCAUCAGUCAAGCGGGAGCGCGCCCCCGCAAGCCUCGGGCUCGACCACCUCUCGUCCUCCAGCGCAACUCGCAGCAUCCGUAUCAGCAUCCAUCGCCGAUCCCUUUGCGCAAGACGAUGUCGCCGCGAGUGGCAUGCAGCCAGAAGCUCGACCAUCCGAAACGCUCUCAUCUUCACCGCCGUCUCGAUCCGCUGCGCAAGUAGAGAGUCGUCGUCCUCCACCAGCAGCCGUCAACUCCACAAGUGCCUCCCUGCUCUUGUCUUCAAACCCAGCUGGGCCUUCAAGUCCAAGGCGGACACCCUCGCAAGGCGCAGCAGAUCAUGUUGCGCUGAAGAUGGGAGACGUUUCAGCUUCGACUUCAGGUUCGGCCGCCUCAUAUCGGGAUAUAUCAGACGAAGACGAGCCUGAGCGCGAUGAUUAUGACGUCGAUGAGGAAGAAGGGGGCGAAGUGUCUGGCCUCCUUGGCGGCAGAGGACAAGGAGGGCCAUCGCGUCGUGAGGAGCGGCAUAAGCGCUCAUCUUCAUCAGCAUCAGGCGCCACAGCUUCUACAUCGUCUACGCGUCGUCGUCGCCGGCCCCGUCAAAACGGCGCGCUAGCCACCCUCCAGGCCCUCGGCCGCCGUAUUGUCGCAGCCGCCCGUCUCGCCCAACAGCAGGACGCCUCAUCCCGCUCAGGAGGUACGAUCCACCUCAAUAGUAGCACGGCCCCUUCUACUCACUCUCCCGCAACCUCUCACCUCUCACACCGCGAACAAGCCCUCUGGCUCUGGGCCAACAUAGAGGACUUCGACUCCUUCCUCACGGAGCUCUACGCCUACUACACUGGCAAGGGGGCAACAUGCAUCGCCCUAUCUCGACUGGCUGGGCUGGGCACUGUGGCUUUUGUCUUGGGAUUUUCCACCUUUCUGUUCGGGUGCCUAGACUACACAAGGAUACAACAUGAUGGGAAGUUGGGGGACAUCGUAACGCCGCAGUGCAAGAGAGGGUUGAGCCCUGCAGGUCUGUCCUUGGGGACCUUACUGCUUGCUGUGGCCCUCUUGGGACUGUAUGGUAUGCAAGUCGUGAGGGUGGGCCUAGGCUUGAAGAGAUUGAGGAGCAUGCGCUACUUUUAUGAGUAUCUGCUCGAGGUACCAGAGAGGGAUGUCCAGACUAUCCCAUGGCAUGAUGUCGUGGAGAGAUUGAGCCGGUUGCUGGAGAGUCACCCAUUGCCUUGUCUGGCGCCAGCGCUGCCAGACGAGCGAGGAGGACAUGCUGGAGAUGGAAGGCCCGAGGCACAGAGCAUUGAUGUCCACGAGGUCGCCAAUCGACUCAUGCGACAGGACAAUUACUUGGUCGCGCUCCUGGAUCAGGACUUGCUGCCGUUGGGGCUGCCAAACCCGUUUGGCAUCUUGAGUGUCGGUGGGGAUGGAGCGCAACAGCAACCUCUCCUUACUCGGUCACUCCAGUGGAACCUCGAAUUCUGCAUUCUCGGCUACCUAUUCGACGCCCGCGGCCGUGUGCGACGCGCCUUCCUCUCCGAUUCACAUAGACUCGACCUCAUCGACGGCCUGAAGCGACGCUUUGUGUUCAUGGCCUGCUUGAACGCCGUGUUCGCGCCCUUCAUCGUGUUGUACACACUGGUCUACAGCUUCUUUAGGUACUUUGAGGAGUAUCACAAGAAUCCGGGUACACUUGGGGCGAGACAGUACACAGAGCUGGCCCGCUGGAAGUUCCGUGAAUACAACGAGCUCCCGCACCUAUUCCGCCGGAGGUGCCACUCUUCCUACCCCUUUGCAGAUCGGUACCUUGCUCAGUUCCCUCGGGAAUCCCAAGCCAUCCUCGCCCGCUUCGUCAGCUUCAUCGCAGGUUCGAUAGCCGGGGUACUCCUCCUCGCCUCACUGGCGGACCCCGAUCUCUUUCUGCACUUCGAGCUCACACCCGGUCGUAACACCCUCUUCUACAUCGGUGUCUUCGGAGCCGUCCUAGCCGUGGCGCGUGGCAUGGUACCCGAUGAACGACUGGUCUUCGAGCCCGAGGUCCUACUCGAGGCUGUAGUGCAUCAUACUCACUACUGCCCGCCGGAGUGGUCGGAGAGGGGCUUCCAUUCUGCGGAGGUUAACGUGGAGUUUGCGAAAUUGUACGACUUGAAGCUGGCCAUCUUCGUCAGAGAGGUGCUCAGUGUCCUGGUCACGCCAUUCGUACUGGCGUGGGCGCUGCCGAGGAGUGCGGAGGACGUGGUCGACUUCUUCAGGGAGCACACUGUUCACGUCGAUCGACUUGGGUACGUGUGCAGCUACGCGGUCUUCGACUUCGGCGCUUCGCAAGGGGACGAUGCUGCAGCCGAAAAUGAGGACCAGAGUGGACGGCAGCAACGGCGUCCUGCGAACAUAUCGCCCAUUGCGACCCGCAACGGCGUUCAGGGCCUCGCAGUCUCCACUCUGGAAAGCGACAACGAGGACGAAGCGGACAGCCCUCCUCGCGGGAAGCCCGGGAGCUCGUCUCACCGACGUCGUAGGGACCUUGACACUGGCGCGACAGACAAGAUGGCUCAGUCCGCCUUGCACUUUGCGGCAACCAACGCAUGGCAGCCUGACCAUCCUGCCGCCUCGAUCUACCUUGAGAAGCUGCAAAGGCACCACGAUAAGCAGCACGACCGGCGCCAAGGGAUAGGGAUGGACCGCCCGUCAAGCCAGGCGUCGAGGAUGUUGCUCAGCCCGAAGGCCGCAGCGAUGGAGACUGAGGAUCUACUGCUGUUCUCGCAGCCGCAGGCUAGUGGUGCGGUCAGGACGAGGAGGGUAGGGAAGAGCAAAACAGGGAGAGAAGCUCCAAAGUCGUCAGCGAGUGCGAGCGCGGGUACCAGCCUAGCGACAUCGGCAGCAACGAACCCCGGCAACAAGAGAAGGGCAACUACAUCAAGCCGCGACGCGGCCCAUCUGCGCGAGCUCGACGAGGCCUCCGCGGAGGAACAGGAUCAUGAACACUUCGAGACCAGCUCUGCUACUACGACAGGUUCGGCCGCAGGACCGCCACGCUCGCUACUCGAGCAUGUUGGGCGACGCAUCUUGCCUUGAUGAAUGACGAAGACGAUGUUGUCAUGUAUGAUUAUCUAUGGAAUGAUAAUGCAACACGCAAUACUGCAUGCAUAAGAAAAGAUGUUUCCAUUGUGAUUGCAGCAAGAGAGAAAGGGAAG